AUGCUUCUCAUAGGCGAAGACUUGGUUACUCCGGAAAAGUCAAUUGUCAUGAACAAACUCGCCAAGGUAACGAUGCCUACAUUUGUACCCCGUGGCACUACUUCCAGGAAAUCUUACUUGCCGCCUAGUGCAAAGACACUCUUCUCCUCAAGUACGGAGGCGUCAUAUCCGAGUGUGAGGAGAUCCAGGUAUUCCACUAGUCGUGUCAAGAUAUAUCUCGGUGGACGGAGUGGCUGA